UUACUUUUAUUUGUUUCAACUCUUGGCCUCCUGUGGAGAGGUGGGCUUGUAUCUCAUCUACCAGGAUGUGCCUGCUUGUUCAAGAAAUUUCCUAGGAAUGCAUUUGUAGUUUCAUGAAGGCUGUCCAUUUAAAAGAGAAGCACUCCCUUGCAGAGUUUGUAACCAUAGAUUCUCAAAUGAAUGAGCCUAUUUUGGCAUUUCUAGGGUUAAAGACCCUCUCAGAAUCUAUAGGUCCUGGAGAAGGCAAUUUCUAGACUCAGCUGCUUAGACCCAUUUUAUUUUUCCCCAGCAAACAGGAAAUGGAGCCCUGAAGGCUUUUUUUUUUUUUUUUUUUGAAACUGGAAAGUGUGUGGGAAGGGGGCAUACCUAAGAUGCCCACUUACAACCCUGAGCCUGACCCAGACUUGGGGGUCUCUGUGUGUUUUUUCUUCCCUCUCUUUUUUUCUAUUAUUUUGGCAGACUUUUUGGAAUGUCUGGGAGCUAAGGGCUUUGCUUCAUGGAGCAGAAUUCUGAAGCAAGAAAAAGAGAAAGUUAUAGACUAAACCACAGAAAUGUAAACACGUCUGCAGCUAAAAUAACUCCACUCUCAUUGAAAACACUCCUCCUUCACAAUCAGACUUCUGUGUGCUAUGGUCAAUAAAACUGCAUGUUAAUAGCGACCAAUUAAUAGAUUGUGUUGCCCGGCCUUAAAGGUUGAGGGAGUUUUAAUUAUUAUUUUUCAAAUUAAAGGAGUGCUUAUUCCCUCCCUUCCCUUGGGGUGGGGGGACUUAGCUUUCUUUCUGGCUGUUUGCUGAAAUUCUUGGCUGUUAAAGUUUGGAGAGGGAGGGACAUGAGUAGUUUUCACUUGGUCGGAAGGGCAGAGUGUGCAAGAGGACGCUCUGGGAUGGGUUCCUGGCGAUCCGUGCAGGGACUGUCGUGACGGUGCCAGGGCGACAGGAGUCCAGAGGAGCGGCUCUCAGGGCAGGCUCUGCUGCUGUCAAGUUGAACUUUGCAGUCCUGUUUCGCCCUCCACGGAGUGACAGCCACCAGGUGAAAUCCUUCAGAGGUUGUUCCAAGAUCUUUGAAGACCCAAGAAAAGCCGUGUUGACCAAAAGCAAGACAAAUGACUCACAGAGAAAAAAGAUGGUGGAGCCAAGGGCAAUUGGAGCUGUCUCCGCUUCUCCGUGGACGGUGAGUGAGCUGGCCUCCUGAAGGACAUGAUUCAGACUGUCCCAGACCCAGCAGCUCAUAUCAAGGAAGCGUUGUCGGUCGUGAGCGAGGACCAGUCGUUGUUUGAGUGUGCCUACGGGACGCCGCACCUGGCAAAGACGGACAUGACCGCGUCCUCCUCCGGCGACUAUGGACAGACAUCCAAGAUGAGCCCGCGCGUCCCUCAGCAGGACUGGCUGUCUCAACCCCCGGCCAGGGUCACCAUCAAGAUGGAAUGUAACCCGAACCAGGUGAACGGCUCCAGAAACUCCCCCGACGAAUGCGGCGUGGCCAAGGGCGGGAAGAUGGUGAGCGGCCCGGACGCGGUCGGGAUGAGCUACGGCAGCUACAUGGAGGAGAAGCACGUGCCGCCCCCCAACAUGACCACGAACGAGCGCAGAGUCAUUGUGCCGGCAGAUCCCACGCUAUGGAGCACGGACCAUGUGCGACAGUGGCUGGAGUGGGCAGUGAAAGAGUACGGCCUUCCGGAUGUGGACGUCUUACUGUUCCAGAACAUCGACGGCAAGGAGCUGUGCAAGAUGACCAAGGACGACUUCCAGAGGCUCACCCCCAGCUACAACGCCGACAUCCUACUCUCCCACCUCCACUACCUCAGAGAGACUCCUCUUCCACAUUUGACUUCAGAUGAUGUUGAUAAAGCCUUACAAAACUCUCCACGGUUAAUGCAUGCUAGAAACACAGGGGGUGCAGCUUUUAUUUUCCCCAAUACUUCAGUAUAUCCUGAAGCUACGCAAAGAAUUACAACUAGGCCAGAUUUACCUUAUGAACCACCCAGGAGAUCAGCCUGGACCGGUCAUGGCCACCCCACCUCCCAGUCAAAAGCUGCUCAACCGUCUCCUUCCACAGUUCCCAAAACUGAAGACCAGCGGCCUCAGUUAGAUCCCUAUCAGAUUCUUGGACCAACGAGUAGCCGCCUUGCAAAUCCAGGGAGCGGGCAGAUCCAGCUCUGGCAGUUCCUCCUGGAGCUCCUGUCCGACAGCUCCAACUCCAACUGCAUCACCUGGGAAGGCACCAACGGGGAAUUCAAGAUGACGGACCCCGACGAGGUGGCCCGGCGCUGGGGGGAACGGAAAAGCAAACCCAACAUGAACUACGAUAAACUCAGCCGCGCCCUCCGCUACUACUAUGACAAAAAUAUCAUGACCAAAGUCCACGGGAAGCGCUACGCCUACAAGUUCGACUUCCACGGGAUCGCCCAGGCCCUCCAGCCCCACCCCCCGGAAUCAUCUCUCUACAAGUACCCCUCGGACCUCCCUUACAUGGGCUCCUAUCACGCCCACCCACAGAAGAUGAACUUCGUGGCUCCCCACCCUCCGGCCCUCCCCGUGACGUCCUCCAGUUUUUUUGCCGCCCCAAACCCAUACUGGAAUUCACCGACUGGAGGUAUUUACCCUAACACUAGGCUCCCGGCCAGCCACAUGCCUUCUCACCUGGGCACUUACUACUAAAGACCCGAGAGAGGCCUUUCCCAACAGCACACAGUCGCCAACACAUUGCCACAAACUCUAUUGGAAAACAGGAAUCAAAAAGUGCCUCGAGAGGAGUGAGGGAGCUUGGCAGGGGCUGGGGAAGGAAGCCAGGGGCGAGAUCCAAAGACUCUUAGCGGGAGGGAAUUACCAAAGUAUUACUGCAGAAAUAAGAGGGCGCCAAAAACGUCACGCAUACGGACAUAUAAUCUGUGGGCCAGCCUCGUAAAGGACAUUGUACGUAGAAGCAUGAAGUCAUAGAACGAAGUGCCAAAGAGAGCGGUCUUGAGACGUGUAUACCCUUUAGAGUAGAGUCUGGGAUCCUGCUAACGCAAACGGGGUUGAACUGAAGCAAUACAGGUCACAGUCUGGACCUAACAUACCGUUCGUAAAGUCAUUUUAAGGAAAACUACCUGUAUUUAAAAGUAGAAACAUAUCAAAAAGAAACAAAGAGACUGUGCAACAGGCGUUGAUACGGGACUCAUCGGCGUUGGCUGUUUCGGGUGAAAUCGGAGUCAUUCCAUUGGCUGGAGGGCGGCCAGCUCUCUCAAACUGUGAAGACCACCCAGAGGGUCCACCUCCUUUCCAGUUUUCCGGGAACAGGAGCCGAGCGGCGGGACUGAGCACGUGCGUGGAGAGGAUGCGUUUGUAGAGCGAGGGCUGGGGGAUGUGCGAGCGAGCAGAGGGGCCGAGCGGGCCGAGGCCGGACUGGGCAAGGGCUCCUCAAGCAGUGCGGGCCGGACUGAGGGCAGGGUCGGGGCUGCGGAGAAGGCAUCGCGGAGACUUGAGGCUGAAUGCGGUCAGUGUCACGCCAGACCCAGUGUUAGCGGGGGCCGGGGGGACGCGGCGCGGCGGAAUGGAGCGAGGGGAGGCGGUAGGAUUCAGACACAAAAACAUGCAUCUCUUCUUUUUGUUUGUUUGUUUGUCAAAAGAAAAUUGUAACUGGAAUAGUCUGAUAUUUAAAAGAAUCAUUCGGGACGGCAUGGUUUCAUGGGGGCCCUGUUCCCCACGGGGUCAGGUAAGAGACGCUCUUCUUGGCCGCCGCACUCCGGCAUCACCCGGGCAUCUGGGCCAGGCGGGCUCCAGUGUUCCCUUCGAGUCGCGAACGCUGUGCGUUUGUCAGAAUGAAGUACACACGUCAAUGCGGUUUUUUCCCCCCCUUUUUAUAUAAUAAUUAUAUAACUUAUGCAUUUAUACACUACGAGUUGAUCUCGGCCAGCCAAAGAUACAUGACAAAAGAGACAAUCAGUGAUAUAAUGUGGCCUUGAAACUUAACUCUGUAUGCUUAAUGUUUACAAUAUGAAGUUAUUAGAUCUUAGAGUGCAGAAUGUAUGUAAUAAAAUAAGCUUGGCCUAGCAUGGCGAAUCCGACUUA